AGUAUCAUCGAGUUCAUAGGAGCAAAAUAUGCUUUGGUAGGUUCUUCCUCCUAAAAAUCUAAAAUGGACCCUAGCCUCAACAAAACAUGUAUAAUUUCUUAAAAUCUUUGUCACCAUAAUACUCAUUUCCAACCUUCCAUGUUCUUCCCUAGCUUUUCAGCUUCAUAAUUGAGCAAUUUCUUGCUUGAUUAGCUCAAAUCCAAGAUAAAUUGAAUUGACGAGCUCAAAAUUGAAUGGGGUCUAUAACUUCUCCUGACGAAAACUUACCUUUGGUUGACCCAAAUGCGCCGGAAAACCACCCAAAAAGUCAUUCAAAAGAUGUUCAUAUAUUGAGCUUAGGUUUCUUGCUCGUGUUUUCAGCUUAUGGCGCUGUGCAAAAUCUCGAGAGUACGGUCAACGAUGAAGGUGAUCUGGGGACUAUAUCGUUGGGAAUUUUGUAUGUAUCAUUCAUGAUAUUUUCAUUGUUUGCGUCUUUCUUUGUUCGAAAAUUGGGCUCAAAGAAGGCUUUGCUCCUGGGAACUACAGGGUACUGGUUGUUUACUGCUGCAAAUUUGAAGCCGAACUGGUACACAAUGGUCCCUGCUUCUAUUUACAUGGGAUUUUGUGCUUCAAUAAUAUGGGUUGGACAGGGAACAUAUUUGACAUCCGCUGCUCGCAGUCAUGCCAGAGAUUGCAAUUUACACGAAGGAACUGUAAUUGGUAACUUCAAUGGAGAGUUUUGGGGAAUAUAUGCUACUCAUCAGGUUAUUGGAAAUCUUUUAGCACUCUUUCUCUUGAAAGAUGGUGAGGAGGGAAAUACCAGUGGUGCUACUAUGUUGUUCUUUGUUUUCCUUUGCAUUUUGACCUUUGGUUGCAUCUUAAUGUGCUUUUUGAGUAGAAGAGAUGUCUCACUUGAACAACCGAAUGAGUCUUCCAUCAGUUGCUUCUCUUUUGUGGCCUUUGUGGCAAAAUCAGUUGUGACACCUUUGUUUGAUACUCGCAUUCUGUUAAUUAUUCCGCUUUUUGCUUACUCUGGAUUACAACAAGCAUUUGUCUGGGCUGAGUUCACCAAGAAAAUUGUAAAGCCAGCUCUUGGAGAGUCCGGUAUUGGUGGUUCAAUGGCAGUAUAUGGGGCUGCAGAUGCUAUUUGUUCCCUGGUGGCUGGUCGAAUGACUUCUAGUGUUUCAUCUGUUACUUGGAUAACUUUGGGUGGAUCUUCAGCUCAUGCAAUUAUACUUCUUUGGAUUUUGCUUAAAUACAGCACGACUAGUGGAGUCCUUGGGAUGGUGUACCCACUCAUAAUGGCCGCUGCACUGGGCAUUGGUGAUGGAGUAAUGAUGACACAAAUCAAUGCUUUAUUGGGAAUGCUUUUCAAACAUGACAUGGAGGGAGCAUUUGCACAGUUGAAGGUUUGGCAGAGCUUUUCGAUUGCAGUCGUUUUCUUCCUGACUCCUUACAUUUCUUUGCAUGUCAUGGCUGGGGUUAUGCUUAUUGCACUCUGCAUUGCUUUGGCUUCGUUUUUUAUCCUCACUCUCAAACUGGAAAAAGGCUUUUCUCCUCGUUGAGCAACCUGAGCUUUGAAGUUUGUCUAGGAUUCGCUGCUGCAAAUGUAUAUUCUAAGUCUGCUAUGUAAUGUAUAUUUCCUUGUCCUAAGAGUAUUGUUCGCAUUCUGUAUCUUCUCAUGUUCAGAAACCCAUGCUUGAAAUUUUUGCUUGGAUUUUCUUUUGCAAAUGUAUUUCUUUUUUCUUGAAUAAUGUAUAUGCUUACUCAUUCUUAGAUCUAUUACUCAAAUCUGUAUUCUAUUUUGAUUUUUGGUCAAUACAUGUAAAUAUAGUAGAAAUAAUACAUACUUGGUUUGGUUCGAUUUUA